AUGUUUUGGUUAAGUCUCCCCAUUCCAUUACAGAAAACUCCAAUAACAUAUUCUACACCAAACACAACCACUUCUUAUAAUUCUACUUAUUACCCUUAUCAAAAAUUUCUUCCAAAUUCUUCUAAACCCAUUACCAAACGCAGCACAAUCUCCACGACUGCUAAGCAUGAAGUGAAAGGGGAAACUUUUCCCGGAUUGGAACCAUUGCCGGGAGAGCUGCAGGCGGAGCUGAUGCCAAAGCAUGUGGCGGUGAUAAUGGAUGGGAAUGGGAGGUGGGCAAAGACAAAAGGCUUACCGGUGUCUGCCGGUCACGUUGCUGGUAUGAAUUCUUUCAAAAGCAUGUUGAAGCUAUGUUCUAGUUGGGGAAUAAAGGUUCUCACAAUUUUCGCGUUCUCUAGUGAUAACUGGAAUCGGCCCAAGGUGGAAGUUGAUUUCUUGUUUGAUCUCUUGGAAAGAUUAAUACAUUCUCAACUUGAAGAAUGGAAGAGGGAAGGAAUUAAAGUAUCUGUAAUUGGAGAUACAUCAAAGCUUCCAAGUUCUUUGCAAAGAAUGAUAACUAAUGCUGAAGAGAAUACAAAAAAGAAUUCGAAAUUUCAACUUAUUAUGGCAGUUAACUAUGGUGGAAAACUAGAUAUAGUUCAAGCCUGUAAAAGUAUAGUCAAGAAAGUGAAAGAUGAAGUUAUUCUUUUAGAAGAUAUUGAUGAAAAUAUAUUUGAAAAGGAGUUGGAGACAAACUGCACUGAGUUUCCUAAUCCAGAUUUAUUGAUCCGGACAAGUGGAGAACUUAGAGUUAGUAAUUUCUUGCUAUGGCAAUUGGCAUACACUGAAUUUUUCUUUUACAAAAAGCUUUGGCCUGAUUUUGGAAAGGAUGAGUUUAUCGAAGCCUUAAUAUCAUUUCAACAUAGAAGAAAACGUCAUGGUGGAUGA